AUGCGGGAAGUUAAUUUCAGCAUCCCGAGCGUCAAUAAAGCGGCUGUCAGCAUCACCACUACUCUAUACGAUCGACGUGCCCUCGAUUGCACCUCCACUCUCCCACUGAUCAACUCCCUGAAUCAUCUGGCAUACCUCACCACUUCAUCCGCUCGUAUCCGAGAUAUUCUUACCGUCGAUGGAGGCAUUGAGCGUUUGGUCUGCAUCCUCAAGGAGGGCCGCAGUCGAGAUCAGAUGGAGAUGUGGAAAUGGAAUCUUGCCUUCCAGUGCAUCGUGAACAUCGGCGUCCGAGGCUCUGAAAAUGUGAGGACUCGCGUCGUUGAGGCCGACAUGGUGCCUGUCAUUGCCACCAUCCUCGAUAACUACAUCCGAGUUGUGGAUAAAAUACGUAAUUCGAAUGAACCCGAGUCCCAACGACAUUCCAAGGCACACAAAUCUCGCACUCGAGAGCAGCCAACCAGACCGACCUUCGAACGUGCUGCCACUUCGAUCUCAGACCACCACCGCAGUACGCGUCGACAGGCUCCUCCACCUUCCAUCGAAAUCCCCCAACCGUACUCCCAACAAGAGACCCGACAGACUGAGAGUGGAGUCGUGGACGCCACUCCGUCGCCGCAGAUGGUUUUGACCUCUCCUCCAGAACGGACGACUUUCCCGCGCGAGACCCACUCGCACCGGGCGAUGCAGCCCAGCAGCCAUCGCCAUCGGAUCGUUACGCCGCUUGCCACGGCCGUUCCCUCCACAGGCACUGCCGAUGGAUUCUAUUUACGCCCCAUUCGUGACAUCGAUCGGUUACCGUCACAGCUUCCAGGCCUGCAGAACGGCCUCAACUCUCAACCGGAAUCGCCCACUACCCCCCACACGGCUGUCGAGCCGCAAUCUAUCUCCCAAUACAGUGGGAGGGCAAGACGGCGACCGUCUGUUCGCCAACAGCGGUCGACGUUUGGAGAUUCCGAUGAUGGAAACGGUGACGAUGUGGUCAUGGCUGAUGACCCAGUUGAGCCCGAUGUGUCCGAGUCAAUCGUUGGGCUGCAAAGCACCAUGGACAUCGAAAACGUCGGUGAUCAAGAUGCCAUCAUGGAUGAUGGCGCCGAAUCACAUGGAAUCGCCCUUCCAAAUCCUUCAGAGCAAGUCGAUGCUGAAACGUUUAAUAUCACACACCGCUCCGUUCCUGAUGGGAGUUUAAUGAGCCCAGCCACCCAGCAUGCCAAUGGUGCCAUCGCAAUUUCUCCCAAUCGUGCUGCUGUCGCUGCAACAGUUCCUCCGACUGUUCACCCAACACCGUAUCCUAAUUAUCUCAGGGAUCAUUCCGUAUCACCUGCUGUUUUAACGGCGAUGCCACGGGACGAAGAUGUCCUCAUGGCCCUUCAACUCCUUGCCUACGUUUCCAAGUAUUGCAGCUUACGCUCAUACUUUCAGAACACUCAUCUCGUUCCCAGGCUGAAGAUCGGAAAGGACAUUCAUAUGCUUGACGAUCCUAAUUGCCAGCUGGUAUCGCCGAUCGACCCCAAGGAGGAAACGGAAGAGUACUUGCUACCAGAUGAUUUCAACAUCUUCCCGCUGGUGGAGAAAUUCACCGUUCGGCACCACACCAAGGACAUGCAAUACUGGGCUUGCGUUGUGAUGCGGAACCUUUGCCGAAAGGACGAUGCCCGCGGCGGCAUCCGGCAGUGCGCCUACUACAAGUGCGGGAAAUGGGAAGAAUUCCAGCGACAAUUCGCCAAAUGCCGCCGCUGCCGCCGGACCAAAUACUGCAGCAAGGAAUGCCAGAAGAACGCUUGGGUCUAUCAUCGGCACUGGUGCCACAGCUCUCCUUGA